GGAAUAGAAUCAACGACGCGUUUUGUUCGCAUGACGCUGAAGAGUGGCCUCACCCCUGACGACAUGCCUCACCAGCUGCGGCUUCACGGCGCGAACACCCUCAUUGUCAUACCAGGCAGAGUGCCCAUAUGCCUGCGAUGCAAGCGUGCCGGGCAUAUCAGACGGGAGUGUCGUGUACCAAAGUGCUCACAGUGCUUUCGCUUCGGCCACGAUAAAGAUGAGUGUAUGAAGACGUACGCUGGCGUCACCGAGGUACAGGCGCUGGACGAGCAUGCGGCUUUCACGAUGGACACUGAAGAGGCCGAGAGAGCCGCGCGUGGUUUGGGGUUCGACACCACACCGUCUACAGAGCAACAAGGGAAGCCUGCCGGAGAUGACGGUUCCGGGGAGGGCGCCCUGGGGACAAAAAGAGACAAGUCAGCCCCUCACGUUCUGGAGCCUGCUUCCGGUCCCCGGGCCUCUGCCCCGACAUCCCCUGAGGGCUCCAAGACCCCCACGGCCCGUCCUUCGACGACCGAAACGACCUCCAAGCGCCACGACGACAUGGACGAAACCACCGACUCAACUAAGCGCGGCCUUGAGGAUACGCCCCCGAAAGCCGACACGACGCUCAACCCUAACCCUUGUUUGGGGUUCGAGAAGAACAAGCGGGGCCGUUUCAAGGUGGUGCUGAACGCACCUCCGGACGACCGGCAACGCUGCGACUCCGAGUAA